AUGUGGUCCCGUCUCUGGCAAACCCACCCAACGACCACGGAUGGCGGGGAAGGGGGGGGCACGGCGAACGCGCGGGAGAACCCAACCGGCCUCGCGGAGCUCUGGGUGCAGUUCCUUCUGAAGGAAAGCGAGAUCGACCGCGCGGAGCGCGAGGGGGAAGGGACCACGCCGGAAACCCAAAAGGAAUCCGAAAUCACGAACCCGGAUCGCCCAAGCUCGAGUCGAGAGGGAGUUGCAAUGGAUCACGCCAAGACGCCCGUGCAGCUCGAGCGUUCGGAACUCCCGUGA